UGAAGCACGAGCUAGUUGUUUCUCUGGUGUGUAGGCAUGUGAUUUCCUUUUUUAUUGACUCUUCUAUUAAAAAAAGGCAAGUCUUGAUCAUAUUAUUUUCCAGUGUGUAUGAAUGUGUGUGGACUGACUAUAACGAAGUAAGACAAAAUAUCUUCCAUGCUGCCAUUAACUCUCCCUUUGUAGGUGGUUAACAAAAAAAUUAUUCUGAGAACCUAACAUUAAUGUCAACUGUUGUUCACAGAAGUGGAUUUAUGAAGGAAAACUGAGUAGUUAGUUAGGAAAACAGGUAAAUUGUAAAGCACAUUGAAAGUGAAAUAGUAAUGUCAUAUGUAAAAGUUGGUUUUAAAUGAACCUUUUAACCAUAGGAAAGUUCUGAACAGCACUGUCUUUCUUGCAGAUGUUAUUUCUAAAAAUAAUUGGAGUUAACUUACUGUAUUUUGCUUACCCUUAGAUUCAGAUUAAUUGAUCAGUCACUAUUGAGUGGUGAGGCUGGGGCUGCUUUCUGUCUAAAUCCUUCUCUCAAGUUACUGGACUCCCGAGUCAGAAGAAGUCUGGUAACUGGUGGAGUUUCAUCUUACUGGACUGUGAACAGAAAAGAAAUCUUGAAGGCUGAGACCCUCUGCUGCCUAAACUUUUGAGGACUGUUUUAAAGGAAGAGGGGCUCUGGACGGGGAAGAGAAAAUACAACAAUGGGUUAAGAUAAGGAUUGGGAAAGAUCACUUGCCAGAUAUCACCACAGGCAGAAUGGAUUCGAAUUAAAGGCAGCAUCAUAAAAAUCAAGUGAAAAUGGCGUUUAGCAAUCUGACAUCAAAGGCUAUAUUACUGUAUGAUGAAUGGAUUAAAGAUGCCGAUCCAAGACUGGAAGGCUGGCCACUCAUGUCUUCUCCUUUUCCGACAACUUUUAUCAUUGGAACCUACGUUUAUUUUGUCACUUCCUUGGGACCCAAACUCAUGGAAAAUAAAAAACCUUUUGAACUCAGGCAGAUCAUGACGUUUUAUAAUUUUAGUGUGGUAGCCCUCUCUUUAUAUAUGACUUACGAAUUUCUUAUGUCAGGCUGGGCCACAGGAUACUCAUUCCGUUGUGACAUUGUUGACUACUCGAGGUCACCGACAGCUCUAAGAAUGGUGCGAACUUGUUGGCUUUACUUCUUUUCCAAGUUCAUUGAAUUAUUAGACACUAUAUUUUUUGUACUGCGUAAGAAAAACAACCAAGUAACAUUCUUGCAUGUUUUUCAUCAUUCCAUUAUGCCGUGGACCUGGUGGUUUGGAGUCAAAUUUGCUGCAGGUGGUUUAGGAACAUUUCAUGCCUUGCUGAACUGUAUUGUGCAUGUUGUCAUGUACACUUACUAUGGAAUCUGUUCUUUGGGACCAGCCUAUCAUAAAUAUUUGUGGUGGAAAAAGUAUAUGACAACUAUACAACUUGUCCAGUUUAUUAUGAUUACAGUCCAUAUAGGACAGAUCUACAUCAUGGAUGAUUGUCCAUACCAGUAUCCAAUUUUCAUGUUUAUUAUUUGGCUUUAUGGCUCUAUGUUUUUAGUCUUGUUUCUCCACUUCUGGUACCAUGCGUACACCAAGGGACAAAGACUGCCAAAAAUGGCAAAAAAUGGUAUCAGCAAAGAUCAGUGAAAGAAAUUCUUGUCUCUAAAACCAAAGAAGUGUAUAUGUCAAAGGGGAAACUUGCACUACUUGACAAUCAAGAUGUUUAGGUGCGCACACUACAUGGUGUAUAUUUUGUAUGUUUUCUUCCAAAACAGAAUUUGUAUUUUUACCGUAAGUUAUUUGGGAUUCAGAACAUGGGAGUGGGGAAGAACUGUGGAUCUCUGAU